UUAAGAAUGAGUGAUAAUGAGGUUUAACAAUCCUGUUACAUCAUUAAAUUGAUGAUUUAGGCGAGAAAUAUAGCCGCAAAAUUGACGUAUACGAGUGUUUUGUGCUGCAAUACGCCCAUUAAUUCAGGCAAAUGGACGUCUGUUCUAUGUGAAAGAACCUUUAAAAGGUUUACCAGUUUACAACCCAUGUAAGUUUUCCCGGCAUUCUCUGCACCAAAAUCAAUGCACCUUGUUGAUAAGUAUAUUGAGUGCAUGGAGUUUAUUGAAAAUAUUGGAGUUGGACGUUUGUGAGUAUGACAAAGAAUUUAUUAUGACUCGGGCGAGUAAACAUGACAAUAAAAAUCCCAUCAAACAGCAUUUUUCAUUGAUCCUCCAACCUCGAGGAGCUUAAAGCUAUUAUGAUUUCGCUGAAUGCAAUCGUGUCAUCAAAUAUUAUUGCACAAUAUCUCUCUCUAGCUUCGUCGCAUCGAAGAACUCAUUCUCUCCAAUACAUAUCGUGUCGUAUCCACUUUUUUUUAUUGUUCAAAGAGGGAGAAAUUCAUUGCAUUGUCCCUAUUUUUUUUUAUAUAUAAAAGUAAAGUGAGAGGAGGACGGACGAAUGAAUGCAUGUAUACGAAAGCACAAAAGGAUGAGAAGAAAGAAUGAAGAAGGAGGGAAAUAGAUAAAUGCAGGGUAUACUCGUGAGAUCGGUAAUAUCAUGAUUUUAUGAGGAAACCUGAAGGAGUGAAAAGAACCAGGAGUAAAAUACGUACAUAUAGUUCAAGGAAACUGGUAGAGGAGAGUGCAAAGGGGUUCUGUAGCUCACAAUGAAAUGUCAUUUUCUCUUUUCUGUCGCAGGCAAGAAUGGAAAUAUCUCUUAUUGCUUUCGACGACAUUUCAUUAUGGUUUUACCCGUGUAUACGAGAUGGGUGUGGAAAAAAUAAAAGUGAAUUCCCUCAAAUAUUGGAGGAAAACAUGGGCAGAAAAAAAAAUGAAAAAAAAAAUAGAAUGAACCGAGAGAAAAUUCACCAGUUGGUGCCCAAGAGGCAUUCGAAAUAGACGCAAGGGGCCAAGGUAGUAUUGAGGGUGUGCUAACUCGAUCUGGCAUAUCGGGCUGGGUGAGAUGCGAUGCAAUAGUUUGUAUGUAGGGGUCCAUGGCUACGGAGGGGAAGCCACCUCCAAUCUUGGUGGGACUAUAGCGCUUCUAAACAGCCACGACAGAACCCAUUACUUACCACUCCUAUUCCCCCUUCCACACUGAGCUUUUACUCGAUUCACCACUCUCACCUCCCCCCCCCCCACCUCUUCUGACCCUCCUCCUCCUCCUAGACAUUGCCGCGUGCCCUCCCUUUUUUCCUCGUUACCAAAUACAAGUGAGAGACUUGUGUAGAAUAGGGCUUUCCCGUCCGAAUGAUUUUGCUCAGGUCGGAUGCUCGAGACUGGCAAGAUUCGCUGCUUGGCAUUCAUGAAUCUCACCGUGGACCACUAGAGUGAUCGAGGGAUUCGAUUUCGAGUUAUCGAGUUCAAUCCUCUGCCUCCCCGAGCCUUGAAUUAAUAUCACCUCUUUUAUCCCUGGGUCUGCAUUCGUGACUAAUUCAGGGAGAAAUGUAUAUUUGAAAUUCAAUUGAUCUAUCCAUAUCCAUUAUUCUGCGUUAGUAUUCAUUCUACCUGGGAAUCCGAAGGAAAGAGGAUUCGGUAAUAAGUGAGGAGAAUUUAUAAGAGGCUGUGUGAAAAAAUUUAACCGUUCGUAUAUGUAGAUAUGUGACGGGCCGUGCGUUACCUCGCUCUGUGGCGGCGGUUAUUCCAAUUUUCACGAAUAAAGAUAAUGUGUUAUUCAUAUUUAAUAACAUACAGAUGACUCACUGAUACCGUGCAAUUUCCGGCAUUUAACAUUCAUCGUGUAUGAUUAGACGGCCUUUUGAAGGGUGAAUGUGGUUAGGCAACAGCUCUCUUGCGGUUUUCAAACGGCAGCCCAUGAAGCACCGCCAAUGAAUUAUGUAAGGCAAAGUACUCCAUUCAUCUUGCUCUUGUUAUUUGGUCGGCUAAUACUGGAACUUGGUGCAUUAACUACUGCUGAAAUACCCCCGAGUCAUCCUUCAGGUGAGCCCUAUCGUGUAGACUCAUCUCAAGGAUUAGAAUAAACACUUGACAGCGUAAAAACUCGUGCUUUAAAGACAUCUCAAUUCAAAUGUGGAAUGAAACAUGAUUUGAAUUCGGAAAUGCAAAUACAAGUGUAAUUUCCAUUGGGUACAGACUACAUUAUUAAUUAUAUCACGAAUGGUAGCUCUGAUGUUUGAAUAAAUAUUCAAAAUACUAAGGUAUCGUUAACUUCAAAUACAAUUUUUUUCUAACGCUUGCGAAUCUAACAGGAUAGGCGUGAAUCCCCGUAAAAAAUAUGUCAAAUAAUUGGACAAAUUUGCAUGAACCGGAAGGAGCAAUAACUCGUCGGUGAAAUCGGUGAUCGAUCGGACAUUUCCUUCCGCGUCACCGCGCCACUAACAUUGCGCAUACGCCAGUACGCCUCCCCGCGCGCGCGACCCGAUUUCCAUAUUCCAAUUUGCACCUCGUCGGACUGUGUUUGCUCAGUCACUUCUACGAUCUACUCCUCGACAUACAAUCCCCCUCCCCCAUCCUGCCUUUCACUACAUCCUCAUCCCGUAUAUUUUCCUCCCUUCAGCCUUAUACCAACAUCCAAACCAUCAGAAUCACAAGCCGCAGGCGGUUUCUUUCGUCCACACGAUCGAGUUUAGCAUAUCUUAUUCAGCUUCCGUUGAAUUCUUCCCAUCAAUAAAUAAAAUGAGAGAAAGAUCGGAUGGUCGUUGUGUGACAGAGCAAACUGAAUAUUUGUAAAAAUAUUGUCCUCGGUAUCAUUACGAGGGUGAAAAUUUUGGUAAACUAUCAGGGCGAGGGUUUGAAAAUUCGUGAGAUACCAAGAGCUUCUUUGGCAUGUGUAAGAAGCUCUUCAACUUCUGGAGAUGUAAACUUCAUGGGUAUGGUCCGGGCAAGUUUCUACGCCUCUGAGAACCCUAAAGUAGAUACGAGAUUGGGUGGAUAGACGAGGCCGUAUCCCGUGUACAGUGUGGGGGUAGGAGGGCCGAGGUAUUGGAGCCGUUGGACCGGUAAACAGAUGCCGGGGUGGAAGUCGUUCAUCCGGCAAACAUUAUACAGCUACACCACUACGAAAACCCUCCCUCCAUCAACAACAUUCACCAUGUAUCCUGAGAUACUCCACAUGUAUUCACCCAGGGCGUAUAUCUAUCUGGUUAACUGUUCCUCUGGCUUGAGCGAAACUAUGGUUAGGUAAAUUGGAGCCAACACUUGGCUGGUGUUGGCUCCUACAAGAGAUGUUGUCUAUUGUCUGAUCCCUCCAGAGGCAUAAGAAUUCUCCCUGACCCCUCCCCUAAUUUUGACCCCAAUUUUCACGGUCAAUUUAUCCACCAGCAACAACAACACAGUUGAUUUUGAUAGUCUACAUGAAGCUCAACCCUGCCAGCUAGACCCAAGGCAUCCCAUGCCUUAUUCCACAUCUCCCUAUCCCCUAUCCCCAAGCCCGCACCGUCAUAAAUAAUUUAGGCACACUGUACAGUAGACGAAGACGGGAAACGAUGGAUUUGUAGACCGACCGUAAACCUGGAAAGCGUCGACUUAAUCCCACUCGGGUAUAGAAUCUGUCGGAAACUGGUGGUCCCCGGGAGCCCGAGUUUUGCCAUACUGUACUCGUGUACAGAUGCAUGUCGUCAACUGAACGAAAUCGUUUUGCUAUUGGAUUACGAGUUGUGCUUUAUGACGUGGAAUUAUCAUUAUCCCCGUCUUCAUGUAUCGUUUCGCGAAUCGAACGACCAGAUAAACGCUUUUAUUGGUCUUUUUUAUUCAUCACUCGGGGGAAAACUGAGAAUAACCACAUCUUGAAUUCACCAUUAUCAACAGUACCUGUCGUAUCGAUGAUCAUUGCCUCACUGACGACACAUUGAUUCAAUUUCAAGAUCUGAUACGGUUGAGAUAGCACCAGGAAUGAGUUUGGUGUAUCCAAAAGAACGAGCAUCACUGCCUUCAAUUCCUUCCUCCUUGUGUUUUCCAACUCUCCGUGGACGCCAACACGUCUGUUUGUUCACGUCGACCGCAGUCCAGAGAGGGAGAGUGAGAUGGACUGUGAUGAAACGGGUGAGAAACAGAGAAAGACAAAUGAGAUCUGUGAACGGAGGGAGUCUCACUUCUCCACAUAUGUAUGUAUACUCAGACUCAGACUCCUGGGUUCAGUCAGGCGUCGCUUCAGUGUCAGUUGCCGCAUGUUUGCCGUGCUUGCCCAGGCAUGCUUCCAACCAAACUAACCCUGCCACGCCCCACUGAAGACAACGACAUUCUGCCAAACGCUCAUUCUCACCAAAGCUAAAACAUAUUUUAACCAUCUACUUCCAAUCACUCCAUGGAUUAUCAUGGCUGGCAACUCUUGGUGAAAAAUGAUAAAGAGUGACGAGACAAAUGCACGUGAAUUUUACACUUGCCGGCUUAGUGGCGUUUAGUGAGGUAGCAGGUACAUCACCAGGGCCAAGAACAGGAGAAGCCCGAGAGGGAAGGGAGACACUGGCACCGAGUGAUAAAGUUUUAUGGACGCAGUAUGGUAUAUAACGCGGAAUGAUACACGGUUAGUAAUGGUGGCAGUUUGGAUGGUGACCAGAGGGCGCUUUAACCUGACAAAUACAUAUAUAGUUCAUCCUCCCGCCCUUCACUCCAUACCCUCAGCCCCUCUUGCUUCACCAACUACACUCUCCUGUCGCUCUUUUCCUCACCAACCUCACCGUCCCUGUGGCCACUGUGUUUUCGCGUAAUUCGAGUAGAAAGUAGAUGGGUGAGCCCUGGCCGUAUAUACACGGGGACUCAUAAUUUCUGCUCGACGGCGCUCUCAAAGACGUAAUAACGUAGAGAAAUGGUUACUGGUAACCGACUUUGUCUCUCUCACUCUUUCCCGUCCUUUUCCCUCGUCCUCACCCCUCCCCUCCCCACGACGAACGCCAAAGCAAGCUCUUUGAUAUACUUAUAUAGUACCGGGGGUUCUUGCAUCUGGUGGAUAGACACACUCAGCCCAAUGUCCAGACUCAAGGAGUACUUUGAUUACUUUACGUGAACGUAUAAUUUGGAAGUGAGUAUUUUUUUUCCUCCCAGUAUUCGAGGGCUUUGAGUAUUUGUCAUGAUGAAGAUGAGGAAUAUUUCAAGUUUCCAUCUGUCCCCCGACUUCAGUCAUUACAUUGCCGAUAACUGAAACAACACUCGAAUCUCACAAAAUAACAAAUUUUUCAUUUAUUCCCACUUUUUACGGUCGACGUGUUGAUUAUCACUUGACGCAGUUUAACUCUAAUUUCUCAAUGUUCCGGUGAAUCAUUGUCUGACUAGGUGUAGCAUUAACCACUGAGGCGGAGUCCUAGUGGGAUUUAGUACACCCGUGUCCGACCACCUGACGCCAUGACUACUGGCAGAAUGCCGUUGUCCCCUUGGAUUGAUUCACAUUGUACCGUUGUUACUCUCUAUCUCAAAGUCCAUAUUAUCUCGGGUAUCUCCAGUGACUUUGUCUCAACGGUCAUUUCUCUCACCCCUCAUCUGUCUCAUUCCUCCAUUCUGUGCGCCUUUCGUCUUCCAAUACGACGAUUUGAUUACUCAAUUCUAUGGUUAAUUCUUCGAAUUAUUCGAACGGAACCCCUGGGUACGGUGUGUGGUCCCGCAGUGAUUGCCAAUGCAAAUACGGCCUCUUGGUAACCCUCCAAUAUUCCACUCUCCCCAUACCCCGAGCAAUGGCUCCUCUCACUGACUCAUUCCAUCCUUUUUCCCGUCGCUUUCUCGGCCCUUCUGCCUCAAUUCGGUUUGAUUCACGAAUGGCCGAUCCUUCUACUUUUUUUUUUUUUUUGCGGCGUGCACUCGACCCUAUGAAUAAUGCAGGCCUCAUGUAAUUGAUCGGCCAAUUGGAACGGCCUUUUAUUUACUCUCCUUUCGCUAUCUGAGCGCUUUUCUCUCCUUUCGAAUUCCAAGUUAUUCGACGUUGUUUUACCAUUCUCCUUCCAUCAUUGGUUAUAUCUCGCUGGGAACCAUCAGAUUCUUUUUUGUUACACGCUUUUUCAUGGCUUUCACAGGUUUUACAGCCCAGUGCUUUCGAUUCAUUCGCACUUACUUUUUUAUUAUUUUUUUCUGCGCUUUUUAUGUUUUGGGUACUUUUCAUCCUGCAUUUUUUUCGUGUUUUCAUCACACCCGUUGGAAUAUGGAGGAUUUCAACAAAUCUGGGAAUAUUGGUUGUAAAGUUGAAGGCGCUAUUCUUAAUUCAAAAUUAUCGGGGUGAAAUCCUUUUUCCCAUUCCCCUUGGAAAUUCUUCUCCCCCACCCCCACCGCCACCCCUGUGGUCGACAUUCAUGUGCCAGUUGGAUAUUUUCAAAAGUCAAUUUAAAAUUUCCCACUACAGGGAUAUACAACUGCAUCGUCUACUCCAUCGAAUUAUUCGCGAGGCCAACGUUAAUUUCGGCAUGAAAACCGAACGCAUAGACAAAACUCACCGAGAGGAAGUCCAUGCAUUAUAUCUAUACCCGUGCAUCCACAUGAAGAUAUAUACACUGGUAGGGAAUGAGCGAACGAGGCAACAGAGUGUACGCCGAGGGAAAGUGGUGGUGUGGGAGGAUCGAAGGGCCGUGGCAGCCGGUUCCAUCGAGAUAAUUCAGUUAUUUCAUGCCCGGGCACCGGUAAUUGGCUGCGCGUUGCCGCGGCACAUCCACUAGUACGACGCCUCAACACCAAGAGGGGCCAAACCUAGUCUGCUUUUCCUGCCCUGAGACGUUAUGAUGUUGCCUCUGAGCCAAUUUCUCAGUCACGAGGUUAAUGGCUACUUCUGACGACGAAUAGCAUGCUUUUUAUUGUUCUUCCUUUCGACAUUUCAUGAGAAUAUUUCAUUCACCAGUUCCGGAUAUUCCAGGGAGAGAGGCUUCAAUAAGCUACAGAUCAUCGGUUAAUUAAGGCUUGAACUGGCCAUUUCAUUUUAAAUUCACAACUGAUUAGCGAAUUUUAUCGAUCAGUCCUUGGUAGGAAACCGAUUUGAGUGGCGAGGGAAUUUUGGCAUAUGCAGAAUAUGAUUUUCAAUGGUAUAUCAACCCCAAUUCUCAUUUCAACUGCCACACUCAUUCGACAAUGACGUCGAGCCGAUACGCAAGAGCAACGAGGGGAGUCUGUCGUGUAUAGUGCACAUACAGUCAGAGAGCUCACCGUCUUUGCGAAUUGAUGCUCUGCUACUCCCCGAACAAUACCUAGGAUAUAAUACUACGGUAACAUUCAGGGUCGCUAUUCGCCCGUUACUUUGGUAAUGGCGGGCCUCAACGAAUCCUUUGACGACGCAUACCUACACCAGAGACAGGUUAUAUACCCGUUCGUACACCGUAUUUUGGAGUCUGUUAACUAACUGCAUAUACCGUGCCUUUGUUUCACACGGCUGACGCGUUACAGUGGUAUCAAUGUCGCAAACAUACCCAGUCUGUAUGGAAAUGGCAGAGCAGUGAAAAGAAAAUUCAAUGGUCAACUAUUUUUCAACGAACGCCAGAACCAGGAAAACAAUUUCACUGGCAUAUGUAUGAUACAACGACAAUAAGUGUAAUGUGUAUCAAAGUAGCGGAAGGGACGGUAGAAAUUAUAGUCGCAUGGAGGGACUACGGUACAAUAAAAUAGCCAUAUGUAUGUGGUCCGACAAAAGAUGAUAUUCAACGAUUUCUUCCCGCCUUAUUGAACAUGUCCAAAUCCAUCCGGGUGAUCAUCCAAAGAGCCUUUUCUCCAGUAAAAUUCCAGGAGAUCACGGCUGGACAAAGGCCAAAGAAGGGGGGGAGAAAUUGGAAGUUGAACAGUGAAUGUGGAAUCCAGUAUGGCCAUAGGACUGCUCCGUUGAUGUCCGAAUGUAAAUCAGUGAUACACGGUCAUCCGAGGAAGGACCCUCAUUCGAGGACUCAAACCGAAGAAUCCAUAUUCCCCAUUCCCAGUUUGCUCUCUUUCUAUUCCGGGGGUUGGUUCGGUCAUUUGACCAUGAUCUCCGUAUUCUGGCUCUCGAUUGUCCGGUCCUUCGAUAUCCGCCUAGUCCCUCUACACUCACUCACAUAUACUUGUUGGCUUUAUCCCCAAGUACUAUUUUCCAUUGCUGAAUGCUUCAGUUAGAGUGCUCUAGAGGAGGCACUGAAGGAAAAUCCAGGCGGCCAUUAUUAUGACUUACGAUGUCGAGGAGGAGGAGUUGAGGAAAUGGGAGAGGUGGAAGACUAUCAAGAAAUAAUCUCUUGUAUAAAAGAACUUUAAGUUCCGGUGAGUGAAUCAAAUGUCAAAUGAUUUGAGCUCAUUCCUCCGCCUCUCUGCCGGAGAAUUAUUUACAAAUAACGAUCAUAUGACUAAUGAAGUUUAAAUACGUCGAAGGUAAUUGCAUCUUUCCCAUAUUUGAGACACGCAAAAAUACACAAAGUCGAAUGAAUUAAUCGCAACUAUCGUUGAAGUGUCUCCAGCGAGUGACAUCUUCAAGUGAUGGAUUUAUGAUGGUUUCGCGUUGAAAAAUGACCAAAUAUUUUCUAGCAUUACAAUUGCGUGACUUAUUUACGAGAUAUCCUUCAUAUGAAUAACCCGUUGCAUUACUUACAGUUACCAGUGGUACUGUCUACCAUUCCAAUACAGAUAUCACGUCUCACCGCGUUUAAACUCCCAUCAAGGAUAAUCUACGUCUCACUUUUUGGAAACACCAUCUAGAAACUGCCUCCCCCACCCCUCGCCACUCACUCACUCACUGAAAACUAUUAUAUUUGGCUUUCUUAUCACGCAGUCCACAUCCAUAAAAUACAUUCUAUAAUCUUCAAAAUAUAUAUCUCUCCACGAUAACAGCCAACAGUCUCAGUCUCCAUAAAGUGAACUACUACAUUUAGUGGUACACUCCCUUGAACAUAGUUACAGAAGUUAGAUUCACAAGAGACCACAAAGAAAAUACCCUGAAAAAUGAAUAGUACAGGAAAGACAUAAUAUCAAGAGAUAGAAAUGGAACCCGCGUUGAACACUGGAGUCUCAUUUCGAGACAUCAACCAACGAGAGUCGGUGGGUAUGCAGUCGUAGAUGGGUUUUGAGCCUUCGUACUCCUCUCCACCCUCCCUCACCUCUCUCUGCCUCACCCCCACUUCACUUACUCCACCCCUAAGGAUACACGUACGCUUAAGUAAUUUAAUUAGAGCAACUCUGGUCUGGAGACGUGACUCCGUCCCUUUGGUCUUUCCCAUGUUCUCUGUGCCUCCCUCCCCCUCCUCUUUCUUCUACGAGUCCCAAUUCAUUCUACAGUGAUGGAAGAGAGAGGUGGGUAACAGGUGAAGAGAAAGGAUGGAAGAAUAUACAAGACGCCCUGAGGUAUACAUUGCGAUACAGUAUUUGCACCAAAUUCGUCUCCUCCACUAUACCACAAAACUCAUCCUCCAACCAUAUCUUUCUGUCUUUUCCCCCAUAUACAUAGAUAUAGUUGGAGAUGGUAUAAGACUCAAUUCCUCGGGAAUGGGUGACCUGCACGUAGAAACGAGUAUGGAAUACGUUGAAAGAAUGAUGAAGAGGCCGCAUUACAUCAGGAAAACCCUCCACUCACGAUGCCAUAUACAAGUGAGAACCGCGCGCGAGUGGCAUAAAUAUAUAUUAAGGCGGUUCCUGUUUGGUUCUUUGUGAUGGGAAGGAUGUGAAGGGAGAUGCUUCUGACACUUUGCAUUAAAAAAUGAGAGGGUUUGAAUCAUUUUUCAUGUUCUUCAUUUAGGAAUCAAUAAUUUGGUCAAGUACGAUGUUUUGUUGAAUGAAAUGCAGUGUUUUUAGGGACUGCCAAGUUGAUUGCAACCGAGUUCGAAUCAAUCUUGUAAGGGUAGAUGUUACGAAAAAAGACAUGGAGAAUAUCAAACAAAAAUUAGCUUGUUAGUUUGCAGUAGAAUAUUGGAUGGAUUGAACAAUUUUUCAUGUUCUUGAUAUAAUAUGUAAUAAUUUGGUCAGGUCAACCAAACUGUCUUGCCUUGUUGAGUUAAAUAAGCUGUCUCGCUGGAGGCUUUGAGUUGAUCAAAAGCAUCUUUGAUUCAAUCUACAGACAGAUAUUACUCAUAAAAAAGUACAUGAAGAGAAAUGAGGGGAAAGAAAUAGCGUGUAUAUAGCGCUCCACCAUAAAUGAGACUAGAAGCAACUAUUGAUUUCCCUCCGAGCGACUCAGAGUGGACGACAAACGCUCCUAAGGGAUUAAUCUGUCGCAAUUUACAACAAAAUGCUGUUGCCCUCUCUGUACCCAUCACCCCUUGCAUCCUGAUAACGUACGAAAAUCCACCCCAUAGCUGAUGUAUUCACCCCAACCACCACUACAAGGUAACUGUAUGUACUUCGCCAACUGCCAUCAUACUCAAAUCUUUACGACUUUAUCAGGCAAAUAUUUUCAAUAAAAAAAUGCCGAUAUUAAUGGCACUAUAUUGAACCAUAUUUUCGGAAUAUAAAUUACCCUCUCAUGGUUGUGAAUCGAUGUGGGGAUAGGGCAAAGGGAUUCACCAGAAUAAUCAAACUCGUUAUUAAAGGCGUAACUUUCACAUUCCCUAGUCUGCUGGUGGCAAUUAUAAAAUGAAACGGAUAUAAAAAAAGCAACGUUUCCAUGGGGUUGGGCCUCCCCAUCUGUUAUAGGGCUCAUCGUAAGUCAAGUUUUAUGGCCUUAUGUGGCUGACGAACCAUACCGUCCAAUCAAAUUUAUUGUCCACAGCGACAAAGCCUCGGACUCAACUGGACAUCCGUUCGUGAAACUUGGAGAAAAACCAAGUGAUUCUAAAGUCUCCCUGAAUGUCCAACGCUGUUCGUGUAAUCAGAGGUAUGGAUUGAACCGUGGCUACACCCCAGACUGGCUAAAUUUCCUACACGGCUAACCCUUGGUUACUUUCACCAAAAUGCAAUUAUCCCUCAGUUGCCCGCACGUACCAGGCGAUUGAUGACCAGACUUAGCCAUCGAAAUAGCCCAGUUUGGGGGCCAAGAGUUUGAUGAGAAUUGAAUUAUCGACCUAAUACCAUCAUCCCCUGGGUUUCUCAUCCCCACCCCC